GUCUCCCUCGGAGCCACCUCCGUCACCUGCUGAGUUACCUGUGCUUCCACCUGUCUCACCGGUCCUACUCACCAGUUUACUCCAGUGUCAGACAGAAGAGGACGAUCCAGAGACUCACCUGUUCACCUCACCUGAGACAGAACCAAGAGCACUAGAGUCGAAACUAGAACUAAACCAGGACUGGAUCAGGGCUGGACCGGGUCUAAACCAGGACUAAGUCUGGACUGAGGCUGCAGGUUCCUCUGUAUCUCCACAUCUUCCUCCAGGAUGCCUCUGGCUGAGUACUCUUCUGUGCCCUCCGAUGCCCCGCCCUCUCUCAAGUCUGACCAAGCCUCCUGCAAUCGGCAACGAUUUGUGCACAGAGAUGGCUCUGGGAACGUGAUUUUCCGGCACGUUCCGGAGGAGUGGCUGAUCCUGGUGAUGGACAUCUUCACAACGUUGGUGGAAAUCCGAUGGAGGGUGAUGUUCCUGCUCUUUGCUUUGUCGUACAUUCUCUCGUGGCUGUUCUUCGGGAUCUUCUUCUGGGUCAUUGCCAUCGCCCACGGCGACGUCCAGAACACGACCUCUAUUCCCUGUGUGUACGAGGUCAGGAGCUUCACCGCAGCGUUUCUCUUCUCACUCGAGACGCAGACCACCAUCGGUUACGGUUUCCGGGGGAUGACAGAGAACUGCAUGUUGGCGAUCGUCGUGGUAACGGUGCAGGACGUGAUGAGCUGCUUCAUCGACACCUUCGUCAUCGGCAUUGUGGUCGCUAAGAUGGCGUCUGCGCGGAAACGGGCGCAGACCAUUGGUUUCAGUCACUGUGCCGUGGUAAACCUGCGGAACAGCAUCCUCUGUCUGUCGUGGCGAGUCGGGGACUUCCGCCGCAACCACCUGGUGGAGGGCACUGCACGUGCUCAGAUUGUACGCUCCACUGUGCACUCCACUGGGAAGGUCGACGUCACGUACCAGGACCUGGUGUUAGAACAGAGUCAUAUAAUCUUAGCCAUGCCCACCACCAUCACGCACCACAUGGACGCCACAAGCCCACUUUACACCACCAGCCUCGAUGCUCUGCGCCGAGACCACUUCGAGCUUGUGGUGACCUUCACAUACACGGACGACACCACGGGAAUCCUGCACCAGACACGUUCCUCUUACACUCCCAACGACAUCCUCUGGGGAGCGCUGUUCCAGGAGAUGAUCCGAGUCACUCGGAGGAACUACAGGGUGGACUACAGUCUGUUUAACCAGACUGCCAAGGUGUUGGUACCGAUCGUGAGCGCUGCCGACUAUGAACAGAAGAAACAGCUGAGAUUAAACUCUCCCCGCCCUUCCCCCAGACCCCGCCCCUCCCCCAGACCCUCCCCUGGACCCAGGUCAAAACCCGGUCUGGGUCAGAGUCUGAACCAGGAUCUAAACCAGAACCGGACCAGCGAGCCCCUCCUGAAACCUCCCAGAGUCACUGAGGAGCUGGUGACCAAGAAGAAUCCAGAGAGUCUAAACUCGAGCGGAAACACAGCAGAAGAAGAGAGCGCCAAGAGAGAGGAAAUGUGAAGGGAGGGGGCGGGACUAAAGAGGGUGAGGUCGGUUAGGGGCGAGGGUAGUGAGGGGUGGGGCUAGUGAGGGGUGGAGCUAGUGACACUAAGUAAUAUUUUGGCAAGUACAACAAUAUCGAUCCAUCACGGACAAUGGGGUUUGUUGUAAAAUUUGAGAGCGACCGAUAUCGAUUGGUGGAUAUAGUGGGCCGAUAUUUGCGCUUUUUAUCAGAUGAAAAGAUCUCUACAAACCUGAGCGGACGACAGGUGUGUAAAAGAACGAGUACUUAAAGUGCCUCUGACAGGAUGGAUGAAAACACAGUGAACAUCAUUAUAUUUAAGAUUUUAUUAAAGAAUCUCCAUUUUUUCCCCCCCAGUUUGCCCAUUUUUUCAGUUUCAUCAUUGAUCAUCAGUGACAUCACGCAACUGUUACCUAGCAACCAUAUCCACUAAUGCAGAAAAAAAUUAUCUGACGGAUAAAAAUAUAAGAAAACACCUUUAUUUUGUUGAAAUACUGUUUAUAAUAUCUGAGGAAAUGCGUUUUUAUGCGUCUGUGUGUAAAUAUAAUUCUACUUCCUGUCAUUUUCAACAUAUUUUUCUUCUUUUUCGUCAUGAGUUGCAUCUUAAUUUGUGCAAAACUAUAAUUUAUAUUUACAACAGGUGUUCUCCAGGUUACGUCAAAAUUAGAGAAUCAUCAAAACCUGUCAUACGCACUUUAACUUGUAGAAAAAAGAAAGACCCUACCCAAAGUAUCAGCCCAAAAAUAUCGAGUUUAUCGGCUUCUCUUGAUUCUAUACAUGGACAAAACUCAUAUCGGUCGUUCUUUAAUUAAAAUUUACUGAAACUUCUGUAACGAGUUCUACCUGGGCGUAUAUUAUUUUAGUGUGGGAGUAACUGUUGCUGUGAAUUUAUACAUAUCUAAAGGUUUUGAAGUUGUUUUUUGAGCUAAAUAUGUGUCAGUUUUGGAGUGUAAAUGUGAAAUAAUGGGCAUUUUUAACUUAUAUUCAGAUAAAGUUUAAAACAUUUGACAUUUGUG